CCCGGGGGUCGCUCCCCCAAGCGCAUUUGGGGGAAUCUAAGGGACCGAAACACCAGCCCGGGCAGAGCCCGCCCUUGGGCCGAGUUUCACUUUCGUUUCUCUGCCGUGGCACCUGCGGCUCGGAGCCUGCCUCGCGAGGAGUCGAGAGGCCUGAUCCGCCCCAGGCUCAGGUGCUUCCAGCAAACUCCCUGCUGCCGUCUCUUUGCCGGGGUGUCAUGGCCUCGGUCGCCCCGUCCCUGUUGGACGCUAUCGCCACCGACUUCCUGACCUGCCCCAUCUGCCUGGAGCGGCUGCGCCGGCCCAAGAUCCUGCCCUGCCUGCACACCUACUGCCAGGGCUGCCUGGAGGGGCUGCUGGGCGCCGGGCCGCGGCUGCGGUGCCCCGAGUGCCGGGAGGACGUGUCCCUGCCGCAGGGGGUGGCUGGCCUCAAGACCAACUUCUUUGUCAAUGGGCUGCUGGAGCUAGUGCGGCCGGUGGGCGAGGCGGGGCUGAGCUGUGCCCUGUGCCCGCUGAUCGGGCAGGAGGGCGGCCGCCCAGCCAUCUCCCACUGCCUGGACUGCGCCGACAGCCUGUGCCAGGCCUGCGCCGCCGGGCACCGCUGCUCCCGUCUCACCCACGCCCACCGGCUGGUGAGCCUGCAGGGCUACCUCUCCGGGGAGCACGACAAGGAGAUCCGGCAGCGCCAGGCCGUGCGGUGCCCCGAGCACCCGGCCGAGGAGGUGCGCUUCUUCUGCCGGCCCUGCGCCAGCCCCAUCUGCCGGGAGUGCCGGCUGGGCCCACACCUGGAGCACCCCUGCCAGACGCUGGAGGAGGCGGCUGAGGCCCGGCGGCCCCUGGUGGCCGAGCUGCUGGCCGGCGUGGAGGAGACGGAAGAACGCUGGCCAGCCUCUUCCCGCAAACCGCCCCGCCACGGCAUCCAGCGAGCGCCGGGUGGCCACUCGUCAGCCGGGAGGACUGGCACUUCGCCAUGCGCUGAGGCGACGGCACACCGUUUCCACGAUCUUCCGAUCCAGUGCCCCGAUCCAAUGAGCGGGGGGAGUGCCCUGGGGGAUGGGGAACUGAGAAAGAGUGUGUGUUUGUUGUGGGCAGUGCAUGUGCAUUAA